AAAAAAGGUGUGAAACACCAAGACGCUGCCGGUUCCUGCCUCGCGCCCUUUCCCACAGUCUGUCUUUCUGCGCACUCUCUCAUCAGGGCUCCAUGGCACGCAAGGGUGACAGUGGUGCUCAUCUCCAAAGUUUCACGCUCAUGGAGCCGGAGAGUGAGAGCGCGCUGGUCCGGUCUAUCUACUACGGUAAAAUCGGUAAGGGGAAAACGGAAAGGUUGCUGGAGAGGCAUGGUAGAGAGGGGAGCUUUCUCCUGCGGGACAGUGAGAGUCUGCAGGGAAUGUAUUGCCUCUGCGUGAGAAAGACACCGUACGUCCACACUUACAGAAUCCACCACUCCUCUGAAGGAUGGACACUUCAGUUAUCUCCUGGGCAGAUGCUGCAGUGUUUCGGGACUCUGGAGAAGCUGAUAGAGAGCUGCAGAGAGGGGGUCGGUGCUGACAGCAUACCUCCGCUCACACACCCCCUGGACAAAACACAGCUGAGAGACGAGAGGCUGCGGAGCGGUAGGACAUCAACACACACACACACAUCACUCACACAGUGCUUGUAAUAUAGUUGUAAUGCUUUUAUCUUUUUCAACAGAGACGGCCUAUAUGGAAAUGUGAAGUGGGACGACUUGUACAUGUGUGUGUGUGUGUUUGUGUGUUUGUGCGCACAUGUGUAUUCAAUUUAACCUUUAGGAGACAAUGCUUUUGUUGUUUACAAAAGUGCACCUGUUUAUGUCUGUUGUUCCACAACUAGGCAUGUGGUUUCCCAUGGAGGGAUGCUUUGACGUGUGUGUGUGUGUGUGUGUGUGUGUGUGUGUGUGUGUGUGUGUGUGUGUGUGUGUGUGUGUGUGUGUGUGUGUGUGUGUGUGUGUGUGUGUGUGUGUGUGUGUGUGUGUGUGUGUGUGUGUGUGUGUGUGUGUGUGUGAUUUUUGGGGAGAUAAUGUCUUUAUUGACUUGCCUGGUUAAAUAAAUGUUAAACAAAUACAAAUAUUUAAACAAUUCAAUUUUCAUUUGUUUUGGUAUUAAAGGCAUAUUCCUUUCUUAAUCCA